AUGGCUUCUGACGAGAAUGAGAUAAAAUUAACGUUGGGAUCUGCUGAGGUCGUGCCGGAAGAAGAGACCCAGCAACACAAAGACGAGCGCUUUCGCACGCUGUAUAGCAACCCACCGGAUUUCAAGCAGAUUGCCGCCCUAGACGCUGACUUCGCCGCAGUAGUUAAAGGACGGGACCUCGAUUUCAAAGAUCCCAAGGCCGUCCUGCAACUGUCCAAGACGUUGCUUAAACUUGACUUUGGUCUCUCACUAGACCUCCCGAGUAAUCGUCUUUGUCCCCCGAUCCCCAAUAGACACAACUACAUCCUGUGGCUCAAAGACUUGCUCGAUUCAACCACCUACGACGCCCCUGGCGGAAGACUCGUGGGCAUAGACAUUGGCACAGGAGCCAGCUGCAUAUACCCCAUGCUUGGCUGCACCCAACGGCCCUGGUAUUUUAUCGCCGCCGACAUUGACGACGAUAGUCUCAGCUGGGCUAAGAAGAAUGUCGAGCAAAACGACCUGCAAACCCGCAUCCAACUGGUCCGAUCCGACCCAAACGGCCCCAUCAUCCCCAUCUCGGCCGCUCCUACCGACGAUGUCGCCUUUGUCAUGACCAACCCGCCCUUUUACAAGUCCGCCGAGGAGCUCGACGAACGCGCCGCAGCCAAGUCGCUCCCGCCGCGCACCGCCUGCACCGGCGCGCCCGUGGAGAUGGUGACAGACGGCGGCGAGGUCGCCUUUGUCGGGCGCAUCCUCGACGAGUCGCUCGUGCUGCGCGGGCGUGUCCAGUGGUACACGGCCAUGCUCGGCUUCCUGUCUAGCGUCACGGCGCUGGUGCACCGGCUGCGGGCGCACGACAUCGGCAACUACGCCGUGACGGAGCUUGUGCAGGGCAAGAAGACGAGGCGAUGGGUGGUCGCGUGGAGCUUUCGGGCGAUGCGCCCGCCGCAGGCGAUUGCGCGCGGGACGGCGGCGGCGGGGUCGCUCAAGGGCAGCCUGCCCGCGCACACGGAGGUAACGGUGGCCGAUUUUCCGGGGCUUGACGCCAUUUCAAAGUUUGCCGCCGGGCUGCAGGAGGCCAUGGACGCGCUGGAGACGACGCACUGGGCGUGGGACAGGCAGAAGUUGGAGGGCACGCUACGGGUGGCGGACAAGGUGUGGACGAGGGCGUGGCGACGGCAGAGGCAACGUAGCAUGGACAUGGGCCUGCAAGUAAAUAACGGACGUGUCAAGGAAGAAUUUGGGUUUGGCAUAUCUAUUCACGUGAAUCUGGAUAGUGUUGUGGUUCGCUGCCGCUGGAUUGAAGGGCUGGACGAGUCUGCGUUCAUCAGCUUCACUGGCUACCUCAAGACGACAGCCAAGAACAUUUACGACGGCCUGGAAGAGAAGCAGCCGGAAAAGCCUGAAUAG